CAAAGUGUUACUAGUUGCAGAGCGAAAGCCGAACUUGUCACCUUUGCUAGCUUGUCAAAAAUGUGUUUACGUGACGAUGGCGUCGCUCGGUCAAAGAAAACAAGUCACAAACACUGAACAAGUGUCAACGUUGUGUUAAAGUCUUUUCUCCUUUAGAUGCAGACCAUCAAAUGUGUGGUGGUGGGCGACGGCGCCGUGGGGAAGACGUGCCUCCUCAUCUCCUACACCACCAACAAGUUCCCGUCGGAAUACGUCCCCACGGUGUUCGACAACUACGCCGUGACGGUGAUGAUCGGCGGCGAGCCGUACACCUUGGGACUGUUUGACACCGCCGGCCAGGAGGAUUACGACAGGCUGCGACCGCUCAGCUACCCUCAGACCGACGUGUUCCUCGUCUGCUUCUCCGUGGUGUCGCCUUCUUCCUUUGAGAACGUCCGCGAGAAGUGGGUGCCGGAGAUCUCCCACCAUUGCCCGCGGACGCCGUUCCUGCUGGUGGGGACUCAAGUGGACCUGCGGGACGACGGCGCCACGCUGGAGAAGCUGGCCAAGAACAAGCAGCGCGCGCUCACCGUCGAGAUGGGCGACAAGCUGUCGCGGGAGCUCAAGGCCGUCAAAUACGUCGAGUGCUCGGCGCUAACGCAGAGAGGCCUGAAGAACGUGUUCGACGAGGCCAUCCUGGCGGCCCUGGAGCCCCCCGAGAUGAAACCCAAGCGGCGCUGCGUCCUGCUCUAAAGACGCCGGACGGGGGCGGCCAGGUGAACGCGGGAGACGCGGGUGGGCGUGGGCGCCCUCGCGGGGCUUCUCUGAACGCGCGCCCGACGUGUUUGCUUGUUGUUGUUGCCGACCGGGAAAACGUUCGAGGUCGUGGAGACACGCCUCAAAAAAAAAUUAAAACCACACUCAACACUUCGCAAAGUCACCCGUCUUGCCGUCUUUUGGGUUUUGUUCACCUUUUCAACUCCAGAACCUUCCCGUGAUACCAGCACGCUUGCGAAUGAAUAAUGAUUACAAUUUUUUGACAGAAAACAUUCAGCGCACUUUACUAAUUGUAACGACGCAUGAAUUUUUGUGUAGCGCGGCGGUUCUCAAACGUGGGGGUCUCGGGACACCUGGAGGUCCAAGGGCUGUACCUUUGGGGAGCGUGGGGGGGGGGGCGCAAAACCAUUUGCAAUCAUUAUGUAUUUUUAGCUUUAGUUUUCAAAAUGGAAAUGUAUAUAAUAUGUUGUAGCCUUUGAAAAAAAAAAAAAGUGUAAACAAAUGAUGCUUCACUACUUGAGACAAGUAAAUGCUCAGUUUUGAUGUAGAAAUAUGACUUCCACAAUUAAUUUUUUUUGGGGGGGUGGACAAAAGAUCUACUUUUACAGCAGAAGUGUUGUAUUUUUAUCAACAGUAUAAAAUAGUGUAACAUAUCAUCCUUUACCAUAAAAAAAAUUCACAGUAUUACCAGAAUAAAGUUUUAUUUUGAAAUUUGCUUUAUUCCCUCGGUAUACCUUUGACUUAAAUAAAAUUGGCGUGGUGGGGCAGGGGGAUAAAAGCGGUGGUGGGUCAUAGUGCUAAAAAUUGGAAAAUUGUCAAGUGAGUGGAGGGGCGGCUGAAACAGCAACCCCCCCCCUCCCCAAGCCAUGACGCCGUGCCCCCCCAGUUUGAUAAACACUGCUGUAAGAGGAGGACUUUUAAUCCUGAAAAAAUAUUUUUUUCUUGGAUAAAAUUAUGUUCUUAAAGGCUUGUUUUUUUUUUUUUUCUUUUUGAAAGAAUAAUAUUACUUAUUAUUCUUUCCACAAAUAUCCAAAUUUAUGAUUGAAACGUUCCUUGUUUUAUGUCAUACAAUAACCUUUUAUUGAAUGUAGGCAUUAUUUUUUUUCCCCCUACUUCCGUGGCAUUUUGGGGUGCACGUGGUUGUGACGCGACUUGCUGCGUUGGUAAUUUGGCUUAUGACGGGGGCUCCUGGACCCCAAAAGUUUGAGAACCUCCGACGUCACGUUCCGUAGUUUUUCUCGCGUUUGAGCGCUUCGGUGGCGGGACUUAAAAACUGGAGGCGGGUUCGUGCAGCAGACGGAAGAGACGAAGAUUAGCUUGCCAGGAGCGAAAAUUCCAUUGUUUAAAAAUGUGGCACGAGGGGGGGGGGGGGGGCGAAAGACCAAGUGCAAUUCAUCGGGGGUUCACUGUACUCAUAAUCCAUGGUGCAAUAUCAUUAAAAUAUGUCUAGAGGAGGAGCUAAACUUGAGCCAGUAGACUUUUUGAAUCCGGGGUGUUGUCGUAAGCAAGUCAUAUUUACAUAAAAUACAUACUGUUGUGUAUUUGUUGUCAUGACAGAAAUUUGAUCAGUUUCGUUGAUUGGAAUCGCUUCCUUUUUUAUUAUUAUGAUUAUUAUUUUCUUCAGACGGUUGGAAAUGUUGUUCUAAUUCAGACUAUAUCUCGUGUGUCUUUUGACUUUGUGACCGUUAUGUGGCAACUUGGACGGCGACAAUAAGCUUCUUCACCAUUGUUUCAGCUGCUGGAAAAUAAAAUUAAAAAAACUUG